GACACACAUAAUUUUCCACUCAUUCAGGAGGUUCCAUGAAGAGAAUACACGAACUUCCGCGGGAUUAUCUGUAUGCGAGGAAAUCUACGCUACUGCUGUGAGAUCAGUGUGUGAGAUGAAGAAAAAUCUUUUUUUUUUUAACAGAAAAAAAGUCCAACAGUCAAGUGGCUUCGGGGUUUUCUUGUGAAGCUUCGCAUUUACACGAAAAUAAAAUCGCACAACGCAAAAAUAGACACGAAGAAAUAGGCAUUGGGUUUGUGUGUACAAACAUUGCGAUUGUGCUUAUCACCACGAACACACAGGCAACUUCCGAUUUUGUCUUGGGCACCCGCAGAGAGAUCAAUCCCGGAAUGCUUAGUCAGUGCGACAUUGUGUGUGGUUGGGAUUUAAUUGAUUUUGGAUGGACGACGAGACCAGAGCUGAGGGAGCAUCAAGAUGACCGCUUCUUGCGGCAACCUGACGGGAGCACUCGCACUUGUGCUCUUGAUGCUGUCAGUCGACAGCGGAAGCACCCUGAGAUGCUACGUCUGCUCGUCCCUGAAUAAUGCAGCAUGUGUGGACCCACCGAAUGUGACCCAGAUUGCGGUUAGAGAAUGUGGGCCACUCAUAAAAAAUCCAGUAUGCACCAAGCGGACCACAACGACACCCCAAAUGACAUUCACUGGGCGUCAGUGCCUCUCUGAAGAUAUCUGUGACUAUGCCCUCGAUGUUUCGGGGCAGGUGUCUGAGGAUUGUGCCACCUGCACCACGGACCUCUGCAAUAGUUCACCGCCUCACCACAUGCCCACUUGCACUGUGAUUCUCCUCGGAAUUGUCACCGGGAUCCUCAGGUGUGUGCUGUGGGGGUUGUAAAUCCACUCACUCACUCACCCCCCCUCGUGGCACCCACCCUCCCUCGACUCUUGUGUGUAAAUAAAUAUUAAUAAACUGCCCUGCGCCUGGCAAUCAA